AUACCAAGGAAACAUUGUUGUUUUGUAAAUAAUUGUAUUUUGGCUUCACAAUAGUAUUUAUUGAGUUCUCACUAGCUACUGCUUAUUGAGUGAUUUUUUAUUUUAAAUCUUCAUUUGGUUACUGAGUGCCACAUUUUAAUUUUGAAUACUUAAUAUUGGUUUUUAUUUAAUCAUGUCUGUUUUGUUUUCUCCUUGAUUGCAAAGAACAUGGUUAUAUGAAGUUGUCCAUUGUAGAUAAGGCGUCUGAAAGAACAUGUGAUGCUACAGUUACCUCCGAAACGUCGACAAAUUAUAAGACUGUUGAUACAGAGAUCGGAUAUUGUUGCUGCUAAAACUGCAAUUGGGGUAUUAAGUAUUGAUGCAACUGAAAGGGAAAGUGAAGAAAUAGCUUUGGAAAAUUUGGAUGAAACUGAUGGCAAGCUUUCUUAUCAGGAACUUGGAAUUGCAAAGCUUUCUGGUUUUCGUGAAUGGCUUGCCCUCCAUCCAAUAGUUGCAGGAUCAGAGAAUGCUUCAAAAAUGAUAAUUUUUGCUCAUCACCACAAAGUUCUUGAUGGAGUACAGGAGUUUGUAUGUGAGAAAGGUAUAAGUUUUGUGCGAAUUGAUGGAAAUACUCUUGCCAGAGAUAGGCAAUCAGCAGUAGUCUCAUUUAGGUCGUCACCAGAGGUUAAAAUUGCAAUAAUAGGUAUUCUAGCAGCAGGUUUUGGACUUGAUUUCUCAACAGCACAAGAUGUGGUGUUCUUGGAGCUACCACAAAGCCCAACUCUAAUGCUCCAGGCUGAGGAUAGAGCUCAUCGUCGAGGACAAACAAAUGCGGUUAAUGUUUACAUAUUCUGUGCAAAGGAUACCUUGGAUGAAUCACAUUGGAAAAAUUUAAACAAAAGUUUGCAACGUGUUUCAUGUACAACUGAUGGCAAAUAUGAUGCGAAGAAAGAGAUAGAGGUUGAAGGUAUUUCUUAUUUAGGCUCAUCUUUUAAAAGAGAUAAUUGUGAAGAGCAAUCCACAUGCAAAGAUGCAGAAGGGGAAACACAAUUGGAUUUGCAGCCUUCUGCGGUAAAUUCAAAUGAUUCAGAAGCAAAUGAAGAUGAUAAAUCUGGGGAGGGAACUUCUUUUCUUAACAAGUCAAUUCAGAGUUUUAAUGUUUUGGCUGAUGGCGUCUCCUGCCAAGAUUUAGGCACAGGUUUAGUUCUGGAUGGAAAUUGUGAUGCUGGUGUUUUUGAAGAUGUGGAGAGAUAUCCUGGAAAGAGUUUAGAAGACGCACAUCCAUUGCAGGAUAUAAAAACUGUUUCAACAACAGAAGCAGAUGAUAACCAGUCUGCUCAGCUGGUUGAAGCCGAUAGUCAUUGUUCUAAUCAAGUUGAUUUUCUGCGAUUUGAGGUGAGCCCAUACACCGGAAGGAUCCACUUGUAUACUUGCAUUUUGGGUACCGAUAAACGACCACAACCACUUUAUGAAAAUUUUCGACCAGAAGAACUUGAGUUGUUGAGUCCUGUUGCUCCUGAUCAGAAACAGGUUCAUGAUGAAAAACAAAAAAUAGAGUCUGUUAAGGACAACCCCUUUUAUAGGCAUGCUCUUCUAGCUUUUGCGGAAGAAUGGAAGAACUUAAGGUCAAUUGAACGCCGGAAAUUAAUUGGAAAACCGUUGCAACUCCCUUUGGCUGUUGAAUUAUGCUAUUUGAGUGAAAGCAACGACUACAACAACAAUGGAUUAUUAAAUGGUGGAAGUAAAAGGCGCAAGACACCCAUAAUAGAGGUUAGCUAUCCAUUACCUCCUGAUGCAGUUUGGAAGAAGGUUUCUCUGCGAAGUGGCCUCGGUAAGAGGGAAAGAGAAUAUACUCAAGGCUGGAGUGUGACAGAUGAGCCACUCUGUAAACGUUGUCAAAAGCAGUGCAUGGGUAAGAAUGCCAAGAGACCUGAAUUUCUAGAAGAUCUUUUUUGUAACCUUGUCUGCUAUGAGGAGUAUCGAUUGAGAACUAGCAACCGUUUCCUCCGUGAGGAACUUUUCAAAAUUGAACAUGGUGUGUGCACAAACUGCCAAUUAGACUGUCAUAAGCUUGUUAAGGAUACAAGACCUUUGUCAUUGGAAAGGCGACGAGAAUUUAUACAGAAAAUAGCACCAAAUAUUGCUAAGCGGAAAAACAUGUUUGAGAAGCUUGUCAAUGAACCAACUGAAGGGAAUGCAUGGCAUGCUGAUCACAUUGUUCCAGUAUAUCAAGGAGGAGGUGAAUGCAAGCUAGAGAAUAUGCGUACUCUUUGUGUGGCCUGCCAUUCUGAUGUGACUGCCGCACAAUGUUCUGAACGAUCUAAAGCAAGAGCGAAUGCGAAGAAAAAACUGAAAGAGUUAAUGGGCAGUAUCAAAAUUGGUAUGAAGUGUUCUGCUGUCACUAAUAUUAAGGUAUUGUUUAUAGUAAUUAGACGAUUUUAAUUAAUCCAUUUAAAUUUUA